AUGGAAAGAAAUUACCUCAAGUUCUAUAAUGCCAUAAAGAAGGCUUAUCCGGACGUCAAAAUUAUCACAAAUUGUAACGGGUUAUGUCAAACGUUGGAUCACCCUGCAGAUUUUUAUGAUUAUCAUGUUUAUACAUCUGCCAAAGAUAUGUUUUCAAAGGCUGAUCAGUUUAAUUGUACAUCACGUGAUGGUCCAAAGGCUUUUGUAAGUGAGUAUGCUGUAAAUCAGGACGAAGCUGGAAAUGGAAAUCUUUUAGCAGCACUGGCUGAGGCUGCAUUCCUUAUUGGGAUUGAACAGAACAGUGAUGUAGUUAGCAUGGCAAGCUUUGCACCACUUUUUCUGAAUGACAAUGACAGAUGGUGGCAUUCAGAUGCAAUUGUCUUUAACUCUUCACAACAAUAUGGAACACCAAGCUACUGGGUGCAACACUUCUUCAGGGAGUCAAGUUCAGCAACUGUUCUUCAUUCAACACUUCAAAAAAAUGCAUACACUUCCCUUAUUGCAUCUGCAAUUAUGUGGGAAAACUCAGAUGAUAACAAGAGUUACCUAAGAAUAAAGAUUGUGAACUUUGGGAAUGACAUAGUUAAUCUCAAGAUAAGUGUGGACGGAUUGGAGCCCAGCUCCAUACAGCCAUCCGGGUCGACAAAGACGAUACUCACCUCUGGUAAUCAGAAGGAUGAGAAUUCCUUCGACGAGCCAAAUAAGGUCAAACCGACCCAAAGUCCACUUGAAAAUGCUGACAAGGACAUGGAUGUCGUACUCCUUCCAUAUUCUCUCACUUCAUUUGAUCUGUUGAAAGAAUCUAGCAACAUCAGAACCGCAAGAACUGAUUCUUUCUGUAAAUCAUCUUUUUAA